UUGUUGAAUGUGAAUGUGUGUUUUAGAAUGAGAAGAGAAGGUGUUUAUAUAGGGAAGAAAAAGAAGAGUGAAAUGAUGAGUGGAAGAAAAAUAAUGAAAGUGGAAUAUGAAAGUGAUUUGUAAAAUAUGGAAAAGAUAGAGAAAUGAUGAAAUGAAAGCAAGGCAUGAAGGUGCAAAAACAUGGAAGUGAUGAUGAUCUAUUAAAGAGAUUGUCUUGAAAAAUAUAUCCAAGGAAAAGAAGAAAAGCAUCUAGCUUUCUUCAUGUGGGUAGGAAACAUGAACAUGUGAAUAUUGAGCUGGUUUUAGGUCAGUUUCUGCCCCUUUAUUCCUUCAAUUAUUUCUCCAACAAGACUUCAGAAUGAGCUUUCGACUUCUUCAUAAAAAAUGUUCCACUAUGAGUGUAGAUCACCCUGGUAAAAUUUCAGAGCUUUUCAUAUAGUGGUUGGGCCGGAAACGCUGCUGGACCUCUUACAGGUCCAGUUUUCCAGUUUUGCUUCUGUAGAAAAUUGGACUGAUUGUUUGAAGGCCUUCCACUCAAAACAAUCUCUGGCACUCUUCAUAAGAAAUGAUCAUGUGAAUAUUGAGCUGGUUUUAGGUCAGUUUCUGCCCCUUUAUUCCUUCAAUUAUUUCUCCAACAAGACUUCAGAAUGAGCUUUCGACUUCUUCAUAAAAAAUGUUCCACUAUGAGUGUAGAUCACCCUGGUAAAAUUUCAGAGCUUUUCAUAUAGUGGUUGGGCCGGAAACGCUGCUGGACCUCUUACAGGUCCAGUUUUCCAGUUUUGCUUCUGUAGAAAAUUGGACUGAUUGUUUGAAGGCCUUCCACUCAAAACAAUCUCUGGCACUCUUCAUAAGAAAUGAUCCUUGGGCUGUCUAGAAUGGAUCUGGAAAGUUUCAGCACAUUUCGAUUUCAUUUGGUUAGUCUGCCACCCCUCCUUCCUUGUGUAGCUCGGUUUUUUCCUAGCCGAAGUAGGAAAAUAUGCUAAAGUUGACUUGUCAUACUUCCAUAGUAGGCUUUAUUUAGCCUCUAAAUAUAUAUUUUGAGCUUGUCGACAAUAUAUAGCUUGAGCCACUGAUAUUGGCUCAAUUUCUCCAAGACGUGCCUUGUCAGGCCAAAAUGUUCAUUUUGGGUCCAAACAAAACCCUGGUUUCCUGUACACGGCAAACCAGGCCAACUGCCAAUCAUAGCCAAAACCAUCAAUACUCAUCAUUCAGUUUCCUUACCAACUAUGGGCAGCGAGAGUGUUUAUUUCAUGGCCCAUGCCAUAUGAAGUCACUGUUAAUUCCCUACGUACACUACUAAGGUGACACGGGCUUGACACAACAUAUGGUCAUAUAGACUGUUUUAUCAUUCUCUAAACUUUUUUUUUAUCUUUUCUCUAUUUAGGAUCCGAUUGAAUGCAUAUGGGCGUUUAUUUUUUUUCCUUCUUUUUUUUCAUCCAGAAAGGGUGGUGUAAAAGACAAAAUACAAAAAUAGUAUUUUUUGAAUGCAUAUGGACUUUAAAAAUACAAAAUUAACAUCGAGGAAAGAAAAGAAAAAAGGAUGGUAUGAAAGUUUUUCAGGAUUGCGGACCAGGAAACGACUGAACCCUGAAAAGACUUGUAAAUUCCGCCAACAAAAAAGAAAAGAAUUUAUGAGUAUGUUUAGGCGUAAUUGCUUGAACGCGUUGAGAUCUGUGAGACGUCUCAGCCAUCUCCGAUUUCGAAAUUAUGCAAGCUGCGGCUGUGUCGGAGAUGCCCCCGCAAAAUUUGGGUGUUCGGUUGUGGCCCCGAAAGACCAUGUUUAUGUGAUUGAGCGUUUUGAUGAGGACUGGGAGACUCUCAUGCCUGGAGAAUCAGUGUUCCUGUUUCCCAUGAUGGAUAAAAUUGCUCAUGUGCUGUGUUCCAACGAGAAGCAGCUUAUAGUUCCUGACCACACAGUUUUCACCAACGACCUUUGCCCAGUCACAAUUAGUGGUCUGAUUUCUCUCAAGAUUGAGGAUGCUCUGCGGGCCUCGUAUCUUCCUGAACAUCCUAUGGCUACAGCUAUUAGGCGUGCCCAGACUGCCAUGCGUUCUGCGGUUGGGAGAGUGGCUUAUGAUAACUUAUAUCUCGAAACACGAUACAUCAACAAUUUCAUAUUGGACGAACUCGACAAUAGAUUCCUCAUACUGGGCUUGAGGUGUCUUCAGUUUGAUAUAAAGCUUCCGCAGGAGGUGCUAGAAGGAAUGGAUAUCCGUGCAGCAGUCAAACGCAUCAAAGGCAUCGAUGGCGUAAUUCUUGAUGAGUCUCAGAAAGAAGAGCUACACGGCCUUUACCAAGCCUUGUCAAAGAAUGUUGAGGAAACCAGUGGGACAUUUGCUGCUGCUUGAGUAAUGUUGCCAAACAGGAUAUUGAAAUGGCAGGUUGACUUCAGGAAUUGAUUUGUCAGGAUUGGAACCUAUUAUUUCCAUUUAAAUCGUUAUCCAGUUAAUGGUGAAUGGUUUUAAGUGGAUUAGGAAAGUGAGACUGGAGUUCUUGUUUCAAUUCUCGGAUGCUUAUGUCUCUAUGUUGAUACUUAUUUUCAUUUCUUCGGAACUGUUUCCAAAUCUUCCAAUAGAAAAAUGUGGGGACUCUGGAUCA